CUGGCUGCGGAGCUACAGGAGGGAGAAUAACAAAUCCGUUAAAAUUUGGCCUCAGAUAGUACUCAUACCUCCUACUUUUUUUAUCAAUGCCUACGUACAAGUACCGCUUAGUGAAAAGGAAACCUUACUUAUUGAGACCACAUAAUUUAGGAGAGCAGUGAACUUCGACCCUUAUAGAGAAAAACCAUAAUCGCGAGUAUCAUGCACACUCGCAAUCGGUGCAGCGGUGACAUGACGACCCUGACCUUGCUAUAGAAUACCAAGUUGGCAUUAAGAAAAGCAACGUGAUUCUGUGCCUGAAUAAAUACUUCAAGUAACCCUGUCGGUGGCGUCCUGUUGGUCACACAGGCAGGCGCUCCGCCACAUCUGUCUCAGCCCACGCAAACGUGUAAAAGGUCAGCCACAAGACAAUGAUGCGACAAACUUAAUAGCUAAUUAGGUAUAAAUAACAAAUAAGUUUGGCUAAGAUUUUAAAUGCGUUAAGCAUGUUGCUCAUUGUAACGAGUGUCUUCUGUUUUUGUUCUUGUUGCUAAGUUGUUGUUAAUGGUGCUAUUCUUGUUGUUGUCCUUAUUGUCUUUUUGAUUCAUUUGAAAUCGAUGCUUUUUGUAGCCUGCUAGCCGGCUCUCAUGGUGGGUUAUUCGGAAAUGUUUUAUUUUCGAAUAUUGGGAACCCGGUGCGCGCGAAGGCCGAGGUGCGCUGGGCCGAGGGUGCAAAGAAAUGAGAGCCGGCAACAAAACGCCCUGAAUUAAAUCUUGCCCUGACAAAAAAAGCACCGAAAGUAAUGUCUUUUUGUUUCAUUUCACCUCAAAACGCCCUCUCUAUCUUUUUGAUCUAACAUCUAUAUAGUCUUCUAAGAAAAUAUAUGAAUUUAAAAUACUGCUUGGCAAUAGAAAUAAAGGACAUUUUAAUUUAAAUGAUCGAAAUAAUAAGCUCUGUUAUUUGUUUAAAACGGAAUUAAAAAAUAACUUAUUUUAAUCAAGGAACAGAAGCACAUACAAUGACGUCUUUUUACGUCGUAUUUCAAUUCCAUUCUCUGAUCUUAGUGUGAUACCGUUUCUUUUAGUGUUUAUGUUAGUAUAACCAGUAGAGAGAAUAAAUUGCAGUUUGCAUUUCACGAAAUGAAGUUUUACACUAAGAAAACAAUCAUAUGAUUAUAUUGACAUCGGGAAACAAUAUAACAGGGUGUAGCGUUCACAUGUCUCACCAUAAAAACGACAUUUUUUGGGGUUUCUGCAACACGUCUUACUUGUGUCUGCUCAUAACUAUUCUACUUUACACAGCAUUUGACUCGCAAGAGACCUGUGGGGUCAACAUUCAGUCAGAGUUUGCAGCCUUGUUUGGGUUCUCUUUUAAUUCCUUUUCCUCGCACGGUUUCUGGGAUUGUUUCAAAGGCUGUCUGAUUGAACCAGAAUGCCGGAGUGUGAACUAUCAUCUCUAAGCAAAAGUUUGCGAGUUCAACAGCGAGAGAGAGACAGUCAUCGAAGUACGUAAAGAGGGAUCUGUCGGUUUAUAUGGACAACGCAAGAACAGGUACAAUACGCAACGUGAACUAUCAAGAAUAGAUAUCAGUUUUAGAUGAGAUACCAAAAUAGUAAGAAAACUUAAUCCCAGAGAGAGCCAAAAAAGAGAAAAUCCCAGCUGUAGUAAAGGAUGGGUAGAUCUUACAGCCAAAUUCGUUGUUGCGCUACCGCGGCGAAUCCAAAAUCUUUGUCUUAUUUUGGAAUAGCGCGUAGUCAGACACAAGUUUUGGGGGCGAUUUGUCUGGUUUUGAUGGUUUGGUUUGAUUCACUACGCGCUAUUCCAAAACGAAGAAAGAAAUUUUCGAUUCUGGGAGUUCGCGCAACAACGCAUUUGGCUAUAAAUACACAACUUAAUAAACACUAACCCACAGACUUCAGCUCUAUGAUUUAUUCUGUGCAAGAAAAAACAAAUCGGAAAAAAAGACAUGGGAUUAUGGGUGCUUAGGACAUUCGUUAAAAAGUAAUUUACAUUCAAUUGCUUUUAAUAAUGAUGUAUACAGUACUUUCCAAAAUGUUAUCAUAAUAAAAUGGGGGUAAAUGUGCUUGCGAUUUAAGGAGAAUUACUACUUUUCGAUGAUUGGCCGAAAUACGAGAAAUAUACAUACGUUUAUGCUUUUCUCUCUCGCAAUUAAAAGGUAAAAUGCUGCUUUUCCUGAAGCUAGUUUACUGGGCCCAACCCCGAUCAAUGUAGACCACACCAUUGUAUGGACUUAAUUGGCCACGCCCCAAGCCGUAUUUAAUAUAAUUCUUUUUUCACUUUAUAUUUACAAUAUUUUUCAAUUAUCUUAGCCCAGUAAAGGUGAGGGCAACAAAACGCCAAAAGCAUCACAAACAUGAUGCUAGCCCCACGUUUUCACACCUUGGGGCUAAAUACAUCUAUUAUGAACAUUGCAUCUUUAAUAUUCGCAAAAGCAUUUUUUCUAGGUUUUUAUAAGCAAAUAUUGACUGAUUUUGUAUAAUUAAAUUUUACCUGUUUGUUGUAAAAACCUCGUAAAAUAUUGCGGGUAAAAAAAAAGAAAAGAAAUACAAAUAACUUUUUAUUCAUCAUGAUGUUUUGACUCUUUAUUCUUGUCUAUAACAAUUAACGGGAACAGCGAUCGUUUUGUCACAAAGAGAAUUUUGAUGUGGGUUUUAGAUAACCAGUCAUCUUCAUUAUCAGCUGUUCCUUCCGAGGCCUCUGCUAGCAGGGAAUAUCAGCUGAGUCUUAGAUGCGGAUAUCUGUGUCCACCUUAAAGUGCUUAUUUUUCUACGCAACUCUUUUGAUACAAGCUCCCAGCUGUAUCAAGAUUUAAGUUUUUUAAAAGCUUAAAACCUUAUCUCAAGUUAAAAAAACAAAAAAAUAAAUAAACUUUUUGAUGCGGGCCCAAGAUGCGAUAAAAUCCAUAAACCUCUUUCAUUGCCCUAACGCAAAAAGUAAUGAAACGUAAGCUUUAUUCCCUUUCAACAGCAAAUCGGGCGCGCAUUGAAUAUAAGCGCAGUAAAGAUAUGUCAAUACAGGUGUCUAAGAACUUUUUUUCUAGGAAUAUACGGAGAUGGUCGAUUGUGUCAAGACUUGCGGGAACAUGCGGGUAAGACCCUCGGGACGGGGGCGAGUAUUGGAUCGAUCCGGCCGCUGACCGGAAGCUGCUGCAUGUCUUCUGCGACAUGGAGACGGAUGGAGGAGGAUGGACUCCCGUCUCACGGACGACGCCCCAGUCUGAAAACUCAGUAAAGUAUAUGGACGACUACCGCUUUAUUGACCGCAAGCACUAUGAGACCGGGAUGUACCUAGUGGCGCGCCGAGCGCUGGUCGAGUUGCGGUCCCUGAUCGGCUUCACUCAGCUCAGAUGGCGAUGCCGCAAGCAGUCUGUCGGUCGCACCAUCGACACCACGACGACCAAUGACAGCGCAGGAGCCAUUACUGUACUGACCCAUUUUUUGGAGAAUGUGUCUCAACCGCACGCAUGUGGCUCGUAUGUCCGGUUACCGUACGAUGACUCGAUAUUAACGCAGAACUGCACCGAGUGGGGGGAGCAAACAGGAACAUGGGGUCAUCGUAACAUAAACAGAGACUUCGCCAUUUUUCAUUCCGGAGCACACAUUCGACGCAAGAAUGCAUUGGCUUUUUUGUGAUGACAGGACAUUUAAAGAUGCAAAAGCUGGUGACUACUGGGAACUAUAUGUGCGCUAAGAAUAAGAGCUGUGCGUUGAGGAUCUAGCAUAGUAAACUCGUGACGACCAGUUGCUCUACGCCAUAUAUUUAUACGGAAUUUGUUAUGUACGUGUAUAUGUUUGAUAUGUGUAAUAUGUAUGUUAAAGGCAAGAGAAUGCAGGCAUCUGCGUCUAAUCUAAAAUAAAACACAAGCUAUAUAAACUAA